AUGUCUUGUGGAAAGCGACCCAUAGUUAAAAAAUGGGAUAAACCAAAAGAACUUCGAGUUAUAAAGCCAUCUCGAUAUGAACAAAACGAACUAUCCGUUAAACAACAUUGGAAAAAUGUUAUACGCGCUUUAGAAUUGUCGUAUAAGGAUGAAAGGUUUUGGGACUCACAAGGCGAUAUGGUUCGUGAACUUGUCGGCUCAAAGAUGUAUAGCAGGAUUGUCAAAAUAUUUGACUUACCCCAUAAGGAAAAGCCAUACGAACCUCAUUCGGAUAUAACCCUUGAGCCUUCUGAGACAUAUUAUCAAAUUAAUACUACUACUGAGGCAAUGCGACGCUCGUUUUCAAUGAGUGAUUUCGACCCGUCCAUGUAUGUGGAUAUUGAAGAAGAAAAUGAUGAAGAAUUGAUCGAAAAAGAGUCAGAAAUCUGGACUAUAUCGACAUCAACUACGGAACUAAAAAAAAUAUCCCGGUCUAAGUCUAUACUCAGAACGAAGUCACUGAGUAUGUCAAAGUCCGUAUCUAAUAAAAUGCUUUCGAAAUUUUUCUCCAAGAAAUCUUUAUCAAGGCAGUCUAAAACACUGAAGUCUAGUCCUUCUAGUAUAGGUGAACUCGCCACAACAUUAGAUGACUUAGAAGUUCAAAUGAGUAAAAAACCAAAGAAAAACAAGAAAAGUCUUUCGAAAAAUCCGCAUUUUGAAAUGCUUUAUUGCAAUAAAUCAGAGACUGAUAUGAUAAAGUGGAAAUCUAACUACAAGAAAAAGAAUUUUGAAGUUUCUGCAUCAGAUGAGUUUAGCAAGAAAGCAGAACUUUUGACAAAAAAAAUUGCCAAAGAAUUUUAUGACUGGUGGGUCGGCUUGGGCAAUGUUGAAUUCAAAAGUGAAAUCAAACGACCUGAAGAUAUCGAAGACUUAUUUCAAGUUUGGUUCGAUGAGCACGCAUCACGUGGCUUAGUACUUCAUCAUAAAAUACUACCUUGCGUAUUGAAAACUAUCGCUGACUUCGUUGGAGUGAAAAAGGCAGCCUGUCCGAAAGCCCUCAAACGGCAGAUCAGAUACGACGUUCACGCAGAGACUAGCCCAGCUCAUACCAUGGCUUUCGGAACAUGCCUUCCGCAGCACAUGAAACACAUACCUCCUAAAAAUAACACGAAGGAGAUGUGGCAUGGAGUCAAAAUACCCGAAGAUCUUCGCUCUAUGGCCUGCGUGUGGGAUAAUAUACAACAUUUAACAUCAACAAAGUCGUUUCACAAAUGGUUAAAAAAUAGACCUUAUUUGGAAAUGCCUGAUUUUUUAAAAUCCCUUGAAGCACCAGGUGAGAAAAAACAACCUUUUGUUGUACCCUCAGAUUAUAUCGUGAAAGUGAAAGCAUCAACAUCUUCCACGCAAGACUUAGCGUUACCCGUUUCGGAAUUCUCUCUUGAACUUAAAGAAGUGCUCAGUAAACUUCUGAACGAAUAA